UGUGCCCUCUAUCUCCGUGGCAGCAGUGCUGAUAUAAAAAGCAAACUGCAGCUCAGCUAGCCAUAGUGGGGCAUGAAGAGCAGGGGGGGACCAUGGAUUUCAUCAGCAUUCAGCAAUUGAUAAGUGGUGAGAGAACUGAGGGCAAAGUUCUUGGAAUUAGACAUGGAGUCCUUGAUCCUGGAGGCUGGAGAGGUGACCCUGGACUGGGUCCCCAAGAGACUGUGGCCCUGGAGAGACAAAAGUUAACAGAAGAAAAAAGGAAGAAACUCGAGACUUUUAACAAUUCCAGGCUCAGGCUUGAGAGUCUAGCUGACUUGGAGAACUUGGUGCAACAGCGGAAAGAAAAGCGCCUGAAACGGAGGGUCCCCCCCAAGGCACCUGAUCCCCCAGUUCAGUUGCAACCCCUGUCCCAGCUACAGUCUGUGGACCUGGAGAUGUUUCUGAAGGCAGCUACUGAAAACCAAGAGCUCCUGAUUGACAAGUACCUGGCAGAUGGUGGUGACCCCAGUGCUCAUGACACGUUCCACCGAACAGCCUUACACUGGGCUAGCCUGAAGGGUCACAGCCAGAUUGUGGACAAACUAUUGGAAGCAGGUGCCAUAGUUGAUGCUCGAGACAUGUUGGACCGGACACCUUUAUUCUGGGCCUGCCGUGGAGGGCACCUGGACAUCCUUAAACAGUUGCUCAACCAUGGGGCUAAAGUCAAUGCCCAGGACAAGAUUUGGAGUACACCCUUGCAUGUGGCUGUUCGAACAGGACACUGUGACUGCCUUGAACACCUGAUUGCUUGUGGGGCCCAAAUUGAUACACAGGAUAAGGAGGGAGAUACAGCCUUACACGAGGCCGUGAGGCAUGGUCGUUACAAGGCUAUGAAGAUGUUGCUGCUCUAUGGGGCCAAGCUGGGUGUCCGUAAUGCUGAGGCAAUGACACCAGUACAGCUAGCACGAGAUUGGCAGAGGGGCAUCCAGGAAACACUACGGGCCUAUGUUGGGCAUCCCCGAACUCGUUGCUGAUGAAGACAACACACCUUGUAGAGGCUACCACCAUUCCAUCCCUUUCCUUUGUUUCCCUUCUUUACUAGUUAUAGCUUAGGUGUGUCAGGCCAUGAGUUGGGACUUUCCUCAGUCUGUUCCCUUAUCCCACUGGGCAUUUAUCUGUUCUCCCUCACUUGGCAAAGUUGUCUCUUUUCCCUCUCCUUUCAAUUCCUAGUGAUCAGGGAAUAUUGGUCCAGAUUAUUUUCCUUGCCCUUGAAUUCAACCUUUUGCCUACCCUGGUGGCUACCUCAAUGAUGAGAAAAAAAUCCUGUUAGAGAAAGCAAGGUCAGGAUUCAGGAUGGACAUUAUGUUAAGUACACAUAUGACUCUAAGGGGUGUCCUAUGUGGUUUGAGACACUCAGAGACAAGCUGUUCAGGUAUUUGUAAAGAAGGUAGGAGAGAAGAAACUCUUUGAAUUUUGUGGGUGGUAGCAGUGAAGUCAAAAUGAGGUUUAAGAUACUCACAAAGGUGAAGUUAAGAUUGGGGAGAUAGGAACUGUUUAGUGGUGGAUCAACCAUGGUCCCACAAAGGCUAGUCAGAAACAUCAGGACCAGAAUUGUGCUCUUUAGCUUGUGGCUGACCUAAACUGUUAAACUUACUUAAGGACUCAUUCCCAUCAGCAGCAACCCUGAUGGGAUAUGGUGUAGCUUUAGAAAGUUGCAGUCUUAUGGACUCUUGAGUUGGUUGUUGUGAUUUUUGCAGAGCUUUAGAAUGUUCUAGGAUUAUUCAUUCUAUCUGUAAAAUAGCAAACCCAACCUGGUUGCUCCAGAUUCCCCUAAGACUGACAGAUUAGGGCUAGGCUGGCCCCAGAGGAGUCUUUUCUCUUUGCCCCCAGGCUUUGGUCAUAAUUUCUCUAUUAUUUGGUUAAUUUUCUGUUCUCGCCAGGACCUGUUAGGUAUUAAUGUGUGGUCUCUUCCUCUGCAGUUAUUUGUGGCCCACCCAAGAUACUUGGGGUGAUGGGCAUACUCGCCAAGGUUGAGACUGCCCUGUACCAUGGCAGAUAGGACUUCAGUCCUGAGGUAGAUUCCCAUGGUUGUGGUACCACUUCUUUCCUAUUUGUCAAAGAAGGAAUUAUGCCUGCUGUCCUACAAACAGCAAGGCUUGGAUUUUCAGGUUCUCUUGUGCUGAGGCACAGGAGAAAAGGCUGGCUGCAGAGAAGGUAGUGGAAUGGAGUAUAUAAUACGUUCUGGAUACUUUCUCCAUAUAUUUUUAUGCACUGAAAACAAUUAACUGAGACCUUUUUGUAUUACCUUUGGAUACUGGUAGAUAGAAUCCUAAGCAAGUUUCCACUAUCCUUACCACUAAGGUUUCUGCUUUCUACUGUAUUGCUGGUCCAGUACUGCUGGUCAGGCUGAGAUCUUAGCAUCAUCAGAGACCUCAUCUUCAAAAACCUUGCCUUAGCCCUGUUGACAGAAGAUAAGGGAAGGUGGAAGCCCAAAGAAGGGCAGGCUCCCUCCCUUAGCCUGUUAAGUGCUAUGCAAGUUCCCUGGGCCAGGCCUAGGCUGAAGGCCUGGAUUACAUAUUCUUGACAUGACAAGUGCCAUUGUGGCUGCUAAUAUUGUUUUAGGCUCCUGCUCCCCUUGAGUGUUAAAGCUAGGGUGUUCUCCAUGCAGGAUGAGAGCAAGAUAAAGCCCAGCCCUGUGGGUUGAGGCCAUAAAACCUUCCACACACCAGCAGCCUGGCCUGGCCUUCUAGGCUCUAUGGAGCCUCCAGGGCUGGUGCCAGAGGGAAUAAAUUCUGUCACAUGAAUAUGGCAGUGACUACUCCAAACUUAGAAAAUGGAAAAAUGCAAUAAGAGCAAAUGAAACAUUUUUAUAUGGAUCCAUUUUGUUGUUGUUAUUCAUUAAAACUGAUUUUCUUUUGUA